UGGUUAGUGGCAGAGAUGGAUGCAGAUGAGUCCCAGAAUCUAAGGCACAGUGGUGCGUUUUCUGCUUUCUAUGGAUGGAUCUAUGUUGUUUUCUCAUCCGUGGCUGCAAUUGUGAGUUAUCUGCGUGGAGGCUCAUCUCACCUGGAAGCUUUGCCUGUGUUUCCACCAGAAAUCACCAAUGAAGGGUUGGAGGAGCGCUUACAUUUAGUGACUGAUGGCAACGCCAGCUUCCUGCGGGCUGCUCGUGCUGGGAACUUGGAAAAAGUGCUUGAUUACCUCAAGGGCAGCAUAGACAUCAACACAAGCAAUGCAAAUGGGCUCAAUGCACUCCACCUGGCUGCUAAGGAAGGCCACGUCAACGUGGUUAGUGAACUGCUCAAGCGUGGAGCUAACGUCAAUGCUACCACGAAGAAAGGCAACAGUGCUCUGCACAUAGCGUCGCUGGCAGGCCAAGAAGAGGUGGUGAAGCUGCUGGUGCAGAAGCAAGCCAAUGUCAACGUGCAGUCGCAGAAUGGCUUCACACCUUUGUACAUGGCCGCCCAGGAGAACCACGAUGGAGUGGUUCGUUUCCUCCUGGCCAAUGGCGCCAAUCAGAGCCUCGCCACAGAAGAUGGCUUUACCCCUCUGGCAGUGGCAUUGCAACAAGGGCAUGACAAGGUGGUGGCAGUUCUGCUCGAGAAUGAUGCUCGGGGGAAAGUCCGCUUACCAGCCCUGCACAUUGCUUCCAAAAAGGACGACUGCAAAGCAGCUGCUCUGCUGCUACACAGCGAACACAAUCCUGAUGUGACUUCUAAGAGUGGGUUCACUCCACUUCACAUAGCUGCUCAUUAUGGCAACAGUAACAUUGCAUCUCUCCUGCUGGAAAAGGGAGCUGAUGUUAACUUUCCAGCAAAGCACCAAAUAACACCAUUACAUGUGGCUGCAAAAUGGGGAAAAAGCAACAUGGUGAAGCUGUUGCUUGAAAAGGGAGCAAAAAUUGAUGCCUCCACAAGGGAUGGACUAACGCCAUUGCACUGUGCAGCCCGUAGUGGCCAUGACCAAGUAGUUGAGCAACUGCUUGAGAAGAAUGCUCCCAUUACAGCAAAGACCAAGAAUGGGCUUGCUCCUCUACACAUGGCUUCACAAGGUGACCAUGUAGACAGUGCUCGCAUCCUACUUUAUCACAAGGCUCCAGUGGAUGAUGUCACUGUUGAUUACCUGACAGCACUCCAUGUGGCUGCACAUUGCGGCCAUGUUGGAGUGGCAAAGCUGCUACUGGACCGCCGGGCAGAUCCCAAUGCACGAGCCCUGAAUGGAUUUACUCCGCUACACAUUGCAUGCAAAAAGAACCGCAUCAAGGUAGUUGAGCUGCUCCUCAAGCAUGGCGCUUCCAUCGAGGCCACCACUGAGUCCGGGCUGACACCUUUGCAUGUGGCUUCGUUCAUGGGCUGCAUGAACAUUGUUAUAUACCUGAUUCAGCAUGGAGCUAAUCCAGACAUCCCCACUGUCAGGGGAGAGACCCCUCUGCACUUGGCUGCCCGUGCCAACCAGACAGACAUCAUUCGCAUUCUCCUUCGCAAUGGAGCUCAUGUGGACGCCAAAGCCAGGGAACUGCAGACUGCAUUGCACAUAGCUUCACGAUUGGGAAAUGCUGACAUGGUUGGACUGCUCCUGCAGCAUGGGGCUGCAGUGGAUGCUCCCACCAAGGAUGCUUACACUCCUCUGCAUGUAGCAGCCCGUGAGGGCCAAGAUGAAGUGGCUGCCCUACUUCUGGACCACGGGGCUGCUCUUGCUGCCCCAACAAAGAAAGGAUUCACCCCGCUUCAUUUGGCAGCUAAAUAUGGCAACUUAAAGGUGGCCCAGCUGUUGCUCCAGAAAGAUGCCCCUGUAGAUGCCCAGGGCAAGAAUGGAGUGACACCUCUUCAUGUUGCUGCACACUACGACCAUGUCAAUGUGGCUCUCUUGCUUUUGGAGAAAGGUGCCUCGCCCCAUUCAGCAGCACGCAAUGGGUAUACACCACUACACGUAGCGGCACGCAAAGACCAGAUGGACAUAGCCAGCAGCCUUUUGGAGUACGGAGCCAAGCCAGGAGCUGAGUCACGGGCAGGCUUCACACCUCUGCACUUGGCAGCUCAAGAAGGCCAUGCCGACCUGGCUGCUUUGCUGGUCGAGCAUGGGGCUGACUGUGAUGCCAAGGCCAAGAAUGGGCUGACACCCAUGCACCUGUGCGCUCAAGAGGACAGGGUGGAAGUGGCAACUAUUCUGGCUAAGCACGGUGCCUCCCUGGAUCCAACGACCAAGGCUGGCUACACUCCAUUACACGUGGCAUGCCAUUUUGGACAGACCAACAUGAUUCGCUUUCUGCUGCGUCAGGGUGCCAAUGUGAAUGCCACUACAUCGCAUGGCUACACACCCCUGCACCAGGCAGCUCAACAAGGGCACACACUUAUCAUCAACCUGCUGCUUGAACACAGAGCUGCGCCUAAUGCCAUUACCAACCAAGGGCAGACUGCACUGGCCAUAGCUCAGCGUUUAGGCUACAUAUCCGUUGUGGAAACGCUGAAGGUGGUGACAGAAACCAUUGUGACCACUACCACAACAACUGUGACAGAGGAAAAGUAUCGUGUGGUUGCCCCAGAAACUAUGCAUGAAACUUUCAUGAGCGACUCUGAAGAUGAAGCUGCUGAGGACAACAUGUUGGGCGACCAGUCUUUCCGGUAUCUGACAGCUGAUGAAAUGAAGUCACUUGGUGAUGAUUCUUUGCCAAUUGACGUCACAAGAGAUGAACGCAUCACGGAAUCUAUCCAUAUCACUCGGGAACCAGGGCAUGCAGCACCUCUGACACAAGAAGAAGAGCGCCUCUCACCAACGCAGGCCCAUACCACAGAAGCUGUUUUUGUUGGCAACUAUGCACCAGACAAUGUAGACCUGUCCCGGACGCCUAUUCACGCUGGCUCCCUGCUUAGUUGGGACGGCGAUUCCUGCUCCUCUGCCUACGUCCUGUCGCCCACAAAACGCAUGUGGCGCGAAAGUAGCAAGCUAAAGUGGAAGACGUUUCUUGUAAGCUUCUUGGUGGAUGCGCGGGGUGGCGCCAUGCGUGGCUGCCGACACUCUGGUGUUAGGGUGAUCAUCCCGCCGCGCAAGGCGCAGAUGCCUAUGCGUAUUACUUGCCGUUACCUGCGCAAGGAGAAGCUUCCUCACCCACCUCCACUGCUUGAGGGAGAAGCUUGUGCCUCUCGCAUCCUUGAGGUUGGGCCUGCAGGAGCCAAGUUCCUUGGGCCAGUGAUUCUGGAAGUGCCUCACUUUGCAUCACUGCGAGGCAAGGAGCGAGAGAUUAGCAUCCUUCGCAGUGACAAUGGAGAAACGUGGAAAGAGCACACUCUUGAGGCUUCUGAGGAAGCCGUUCAGGAGGUCCUAAAUGAGAGCUUUGAAGGAGAAGAGCUGAGUGCCUUGGAGGACCUGCAGACGAACCGCAUUGUGCGAAUCCUGACUACAGACUUUCCACAGUACUUUGCCGUGGUGAGCAGGACACGACAGGAGGUGCAUGCGGUGGGUCCCGAAGGGGGCCUUCUCAGCUCCACAGUGGUUCCCCAGGUCCAAGCCAUCUUCCCUGAGGGCGCCCUCACCAAGAAGAUCCGCGUGGGCCUCCAGGCCCAGCCAAUUCCUGCAGAGCUGGUGACCAAGCUUUUGGGCCAUCGUGUGGCAGUGAGCCCUAUAGUAACUGUGGAGCCCCGGCGCCGCAAGUUCCACAAGCCAAUAACUUUGACCAUCCCUGUGCCACAGGCGGCAACCAAAGGCAUGAUCAACCAAUAUGCUGGUGAUGCUCCUACUCUGCGCCUACUGUGCAGCAUAACAGGUGGUACAAACAAGGCUCAGUGGGAAGAUGUGACUGGGUCAACGCCACUUACCUUUGUCAAUGACUGUGUCUCAUUUACAACAACAGUGUCAGCCAGGUUCUGGCUGAUGGACUGCCGGCAAGUGAGUGAAGCGACCAAGUUUGCAACGGAGCUUUAUGCAGAAGCAAUGCACGUACCAUUUAUGGCGAAGUUUGUGGUUUUUGCGAAGCGUCUAGACCCAAUGGAAGCCCAGCUUCGUGUUUUCUGCAUGACAGAUGACAAGGAGGACAAAACAUUAGAAAGUCAAGAGCACUUCACUGAGGUGGCCAAAAGUCGUGAUGUUGAGGUGCUGGAGAAGAAAAGUCAGUACUUAGAGUUUGGAGGCAAUUUAGUUCCUGUGACUAAGUCGGGCGAGCAGCUGCAGCUCCAGUUCCAGGCCUUCCGAGAGAACCGACUUCCAUUUUCUGUCCGUGUUAAGGAUCCUCACCAGGAGCCUCUUGGACGGCUUGCGUUCAUGCGUCAGCCGCGGGCUGCUCGUUCCACAGAACCCCCUCAGGCACCUCUCUGCAAUCUCAACAUUGCCUUACCAGAGUAUGAAGCCUCACAGAACCUUUCGGAGCUGGUUACACUGGAGAAGAAGUAUGGCUUUGUUGAGGAGACAGGCCUAGCCAAGCCUGAGCUGAUCCACCGUGCAGAUCUGCGACUCUCUGACAUUGCGCGAGAGCUGGGGUCAGACUGGCCAGCAUUGGCAGCACAGUUAGAUGUGCCAGAGCAAGAUGUGGCAUCCAUUCGUACGGAAUGCCCCAGUGACCUGGCUCAGCAAGCACUGUUAAUGCUCCGACUCUGGAUGAAGAGGGCUGGAGGCCGUGCCACAGGCAACAACCUGGAGAAGGGGCUGCGGAUGAUCAACCGUGAAGAUAUCGUCAACAAGUGCAUGUUCAAUGUAGAGCUUGUGACUGAUGAUGUUGAAAAAGCUGUUGCCAAAGUUCACCUUGACCAGUCCGGGUUCGACACUUUCCGUGAGGAACUGGGGACUCCCAAAGACACAUCACUGAAGAGGGAUGCUUCCUUGGACGUCUCUUACGACGAGCAAGACCUCAUGAAGGAGGCCGAGUCGGCGGAGGAGACGAGUAGCGAGACUGGAUCGGUCCACGAGAAGCACACAGGUUCUGAGGCUAAGGGAACCAGCAAGGCCAUUCCAGGAGUCGGGAAAGGAUCUCCAAUAUCAGCGGCAAUUGGUCGCAUUGUGCAAGGAAGUUCAAAGGAGAAGGCAGCUGCCCGGAUGGCUGUCGAAGAGACUUUUGAAGAAGAGCCUGUCUUGAAGACUGAUUCUACAGAGGUCACUCAGCAGGCAGCCUUAGAGACAGGCCCUACAGCUCCUCCUCGAGACCCAGAGAAGAAAAGCAAGAGGGAGAAGAGCCCCAAACCUCAAGGGCCUGACUACAGCCUACCUAGGAUCAGGGACAGUAUCACACCUGAAAGGGACUUCACCAGUACCACUGAUGCCGUGACUGUCUCAAGCAUCAGAGAGGCUGUAGAUGCCUCCAAAGAGCCAGCUGCUGAUGGCAAGCUGAAAAAAGAAAAGAAGAAAGAUAAGAAAGAAAAGAGCCCAAGUCCUCCAGGCCCUGACUACACCUUACCCAGGUUGAGGGAUACAUACACUCCACCAACCAAUGCAACCACAGCAGGUUAUGCUAGAAGCGCAUUGCCUGAGGAAGAUGUGACACCUAAGAAAGAUAUUGCAAAAACAUUCUCUUUCAAAAGAAGGAGCAAGGAGCGUUCUUUGUCUCCUGAUCUAACCAAAACUGGAGAAAAUGGGUCACUUGGGGCAGAUAUUUCAGUACAGGAACAAGAGAAGCGAGCACAAAAAAGUCCUGAAGGUACUAUUGUAGAGAAAGUGGAGAAAAUUGUCAAAGAAACUCCUGGUAAAAUUGUUGAAAUAGUCCAUAUUAAGCGACAAAGAAGCAGUAAAAGUCCAGAGGGGAAAGGCAGCUCUGGAGAUAAAGAUAGAAGGAGGCUUCCUAGUUCUGAAGUUGAGGUUCCUGAUGUGGCCAUGGGCCUGGAAGAUGUGUCGAAUGACACUAGUGAGGCUGAAAAGAAACGUAAAGAACAAAAAGAAACAAGUCCAGUGAAACAGAGUAAGAAAGACUUGAAGGACAUUCCCAUGGCUGUAGACAAGGAUGUCGAGCUUUCUGGCUCUGACGGCAAAUCAAUGGAUACUGGUUUCCUUUCAAAAAUGGCUAAACUCCCUAAGAAAAUGUUUCCACGCAGUGGUAAAGCUAGUGCUUCUGAUGAAGAGCCAUCAUCACUUUCUGAGAGCAGUCCUAUUGCUAAAAAGAAGUCUGGAAAGCUACCAAAGUCUGCCACUUUACCUAAAGCCAGUGAAAAGCCUUCAAAAAAGCCCUUACAUGAAAUAAAAAGUGUGGAUGUUGAAAUAGACACAUCAAAAUUUACUACAAAAGGGACAAAGGAUGCACUAGCAAAGGAUGGGGAAGGCUUGGAAACAGGCGCAGACGACAUAGUUAAAGAACCGGAUGGUAGAUUCUUUUCAAGAAUAGCUAAAAUUCCAAAAAAGAUGUUUCCACGUAGUUCAAAGACCAGUUCAUCUGAAGAUGAACCUUCAUCAGCAAGUGAAAAUCUCCGUUCAUCAAAGCAAAAAGUGAAAAAGGAGCCAAAAGGGGAUACUACCUUUAAAAAAAAAGAAAAAGGCAUUAAGGUCAAACAGGCAGAUACUCAAAAACUGUCAGCUUCUGUUGAUUUAGAUAUUGGCAGUGAUACAUCACUGCCUGCUGGAGUGGAUAUUGGUGUUAAAAAGGCAGACAAACCAGGGUUACCGGACAUCAAAUUCAAAAAGCAGAGUGAAAGCAUUAAAACGUCUUUCCCGUCUGGUUUCGAAGUGGAAGGUUCCGUUGGAGAGCCCAUGGUAGACAUUGACAUCAGAGAAGUCAAGUCACAGCCAAGAGAGUCACUGCUUACUAUUGAAGGAAAACAUCCAGAUAUUCAGAGUUCAGAUGUUGAGCUGUCACUCACCUCCAGGGAAACCACUGUUGAAUGGCCAGACAAAGCAGAAGACACCAUCGAGAUAGGUACUCCUGAGCAUGGCAAAACAACAAAGAGUGGUUUCAUGACAAAAAUGGCAAGAUUUCCUCGAAAAAUGUUUCCUCAUGGUUUCAAAGGUGAAGUUUCAGUAGAAGAGCCAUCAGUAUCGGCUGAUGGUAUCCAUGUUUCUGUUCCUGAAACAGAGCUUACACUAGACAGAGAUCAAGAGAUAAUCGUAUCUGACAUAAUACCAAGAGAAAUCGGGGCCAGCAUGCCAGAAGGUGUAGAGGGGAGCAUCGAAAUGAGUGCUGAAGACCCAUCUAUGCCAUCUGAGAAAAGCUUCAUAUCAAAGAUGACUAAGCUGCCAAGAAAGAUGUUCUCGCAUGAUUCCAAGUCUGGUGUUUCAGUAGAAGGGCCAUCAGUUGUUACUAAAGAUGUUGACAUUGAGUUCUCGCAGCAAGAACUGGAGUUAAAAACAAGCGGUAAAGGCUCUGAAAUGCCUGAAACAAAGCUUGAUGUCACAUUACUCGCUAAGAAAGUGACAGCAGAUCUGCCUGAUAGUGCUGAAGGACGUAUUGACGCAAGUUUGGACAAACUGGGCAAAUCAGCUGAAGAUGACUUCAUGUCUAAAGUCACUAAAAUACCAAAGCAGGUGCUUCCUCAAGGUGCAAAUGUUGAAACUUCAGUUCGGGACUUAUCAGCAGCACCUCUUGAUGUUCAUGUUAGUGUUCCAAAAACACAAGAUGAACUUGGUGUAAGGGCAAAUAUUCCGGACAAACCUCAAGCAGAUUUUGAUGCAAUGCCUGGAAAAGGAGUUUCUGUAGAAAUACCAGAGAGCUUCGAAGGCAGGGUAGAAAUAUCACAUCCUGGUGUCAGUAAGCCAUCAGAUGGAGGCUUUAUGGCAAAGAUGGCCAAGCUACCCAAGAAAAUGUUUCCUCAUAGCUCAAAAGGUAGCGUUUCUCUUGAGGAAACGUCAGAAGAUGUCGGUGAUAUACAAAUGAGAAUGCCGGAAGCUCACCUGAGAAUAGAUACAAAAAGUUUUGAAAUACCAGAACCAGAAGGUGGCAUCGCCUUGCCAAGUAAAGAAAUGGCUGUUGACUUGCCUGAAGGCAUGGAAGGACAAGUUGAAAUGUCAACUCCAGAAAUUGGCAAAAUGUCGGAUGAAAGCUUCAUGUCAAAGAUGGCCAAGAUUCCUAAGAAAAUAUUUCCUCAAGGCUCAAAGGGAAGUGUUUCUGUUGAAGGAGCUCCUGAAGACAUUGAUGUUCAGGUGAAAAUGCCUGAGCCUCACUUUAAAGUGGAUGUAAAAGGACCUAAAAAGCCAGAUAUAGCAGGUGACAUAACACUGCCUGAUAUGAAAGUGGCUGUUGACUUGCCAGAAGGCACUGAAAGAAAAGUUGAAUUAUCAACUCCAGAAAUGGGGAAACCAUCAGAUAGAUCUUUUAUGUCAAAGAUGGCCAAGUUUCCUAAGAAAAUGUUUCCUCAUGGGUCAAAGGGAGGUAUUUCUGUUGAAGGAGCUCCUGAAGGUGUUGAUGCACAGGUGAAAAUGUCUGAGCCUCACUUUAAGAUGGAUGUAAAAGAACCUGAAAAGCCAGAUAUAGAAGGUGACAUAGCACUGCCUGAUAUGAAAGUGGCAAUUGACUUGCCAGAAGGCAUAGAAGGAAAAAUUGAAAUACCAGCCCCAGAAAUUGCCAAACCUUCAGAUAAAGGCUUUAUGUCAAAGAUGGCCAAACUUCCUAAGAAGAUGUUUCCUCAUGGCUCAAAGGGAAGUAUUUCUGUUGAAGCUCCAGAAGGUGUUGGUGAUGUUCAGGUAAGAAUGCCUGAACCUCAUAUUAAGAUGGAUGUUAAAGGUCUUGAAAAGCCUGAAGCUCAUCUUAAAAUGGAUGUUAAAGGUCUUGGAAAACCUGAAGUUGAAGGUCACAUUGCACUACCAGCUAAGAAAGUGGAUGUUCACUUACCAGAAGGCUUUGAAGGAAAAGUUGAGACUUCAACACCAGAAAUGGGUAAACCAUCAGAUGGUGGCUUUAUGUCAAAGAUGGCAAAACUUCCAAAGAAAAUGUUUCCCCAUGGCUCUAAGGGAAGUGUUUCUGUUGAAGGUACACCUGAAGUUAUUGGUGAUGUUCAAAUGAGGAUGCCUGAAACUCACCUCAAAAUGGACAUAAAAGGUUUUGAAAGACCUGAAGUGGAGGGCGACAUUGUACUGCCUGGUAAGACUGCAGCUGUUGACUUGCCAGAAACACUUGAGAGAAAAGGUAAUAUGCCCACUCCUGAAGUUGGCAGACCAUCAGAUGGAGGCUUUAUGUCAAAGAUGGCCAAACUUCCCAAAAAAAUGUUUCCCCAUGGCUCAAAAGGAAGUGUUUCCAUUGAAGGGGCACCAGAAAGUGUGGGUGAUAUUCACGUGAAAAUGCCUGAAUCACACCUUACGGCAGAUAUAAGAGGUCUUGGAAAACCUGAAGUAGAAGGUGAGAUUGCACUGCCUGAUAAAAAUGUGGCUGUUGGCAUGCCAGAUGGCAUGGAAGGGAAAGUUGAAAUAUCCACUCCAGAAAUUGGCAAAGCAUCAGAUGUAGGCUUUAUGUCAAAGAUGGCCAAACUUCCCAAGAAAAUGCUACCUCAUGGUUCAAAAGGAAGUGUUACAAUUGAAGCACCAGAAGCCAUCAGUGAAGUUCAGGUAAAGAUGCCUGAAGCUCAGCUUAAAAUGAAUGUGAAAGGUCCUGAAGAGCCAGAAUUAGAAGCUGACAUUGAACUUCCUGAUAAGAUGGUGGCCGUGGACUUUCCAGAAAGUGUUGAUGGAAAAAUUGGGAUAUCCACUCCCGAAAUCGCCGAAUCAUCAGACGGAGGAUUUAUGUCAAAGAUGGCCAAGUUUCCCAAGAAAAUGUUUCCUCAUGGCUCGAAGGGAAGUGUUUCUGUCGAAGGGGCACCAGAUGGUGUUGGUGACAUUCAGGUAAAGAUGCCUGAAUCUCACCUUGAGGUUGAUAUAAAAGGUCGUGAAAAACCUGAAGCUGAGAUUGCAUUGCCCGAUAAGAAAGUGGUCGUUGACUUCCCAGAGGGCAUGGAAGCAAAAGUUGAGAUAUCCACUCCAGAAAUUGGCAAACCUUCAGAUCGAGGAUUUAUGUCAAAGAUGGCCAAGCUUCCCAAGAAAAUGUUUCCCCAUGGUGCAAAAGGAAAUGUUACAAUUGAAGAGGCACCAGAAGUUGCAAGCGAGGUUCAGGUAAAAGUGCCUGAAGCUCACCUGAAAAUGGAAUUGAAAGGUCCUGAAAAGCCAGGCUUUGAAGGUGACAUUGGGCUGCCUAAUAAGAAAGUGGCAGUUAAUGUGCCUGAAGGCAUUGAUGGAAAAUUUGAAAUAGGAACUCCAGAAAUUGGUAAACCAUUAGAUGGAGGCUUUAUAUCAAAGAUGGCCAAGCUUCCCAAGAAGAUGUUUCCUCAUGGCUCAAAGGAAAGUAGUAUUUCUGUUGAAGGGGCACCAGAAAUUGGAGAUGUUCAUGCAGAAAUGCCUGAAGCUCACCUAAAAAUAGAAGGGAGAAGUCUUGAAAAGCCAGGCCUUGAAGCUGAUAUAGGAAUAUCAGAUAAGACAGUGCAUAUUGAUCUACCAGAAGGCAUUGAGGGGAAAGUUGAAAUAUCAGGUCCAGAAAUUGGCAAACCAACAGAUGGAGGCUUUAUGGCAAAGAUGGCUAAGCUUCCCAAGAAAAUGUUUCCUCAUGGCUCAAAAGAGAGUAGUAUUUCUGUUGAAGGGGCACCAGAAAUAGGUGAUGUUCAUGCAAAAGUGCCUGAAGCUCACCUCGAAGUGGAUGUUAAAGGUCUUGAAAAGCCAUGUAUUGAAGCUGACACUGGAAUAUCAGAUAAGACAGUAGGUGUUGAUUUGCCAGAAAGCAUUGAGGGAAAAGUUGAAAUGUCAGGUCCAGAAAUUGGCAAACCAGUGGAUGGAGGCUUUAUGGCAAAGAUGACUAAGCUUCCUAAGAAAAUGUUUCCUCAUGGCUCAAAGGAAAGUAGUAUUUCUGUUGAAGGGGCAGGAGCAAUUGGUGAUGUUCAUGGAGAAAUGCCUGAAGCUCACCUAGAAGUGGAUGUUAAAGGUCUUGAAAAGCCAUGUAUUGAAGCUGACAUUGGAAUAUCAGAUAAGACAGUGGGUGUUGAUUUGCCAGAAAGCAUUGAGGGAAAAGUUGAAAUGUCAGGUCCAGAAAUUGGCAAACCAAUGGAUGGAGGCUUUAUGGCCAAGAUGGCUAAGCUUCCUAAGAAAAUGUUUUCUCAUGGCUCAAAGGAAAGUAGUAUUUCUGUUGAAGGGGCAGGAGCAAUUGGCGAUGCUCAUGGAAAAAUGCCUGAAGCUUACUUAAAAUUAGAAGGGAAAGGUCUUGAAAAGCCAGGCCUUGAAGCUGACAUUGGAGUACCAGGUGAGACAGUGGGUGUUGAUUUGUCAGAAGGCAUUGAGGGAAAAGUUGGUAUAUCAGCUCCAGAAAUUGGCAGACCAACAGAUGGAGGUUUUAUGGCAAAGAUGGCAAAGCUUCCUAAGAAAAUGUUUCCUCAUGGCUCAAAGGAAGGUAGUAUUUCUGUUGAGGGGGCACCAGAGUUUGGCGAUGCUCAUGCAAAAAUGCCUGAAGCUCACCUAGAAAUGGAUGUGAAAGGUCUUGAAAAACCAUGUGUUGAAGCUGACAUUGGAAUACCUGAUAAAACAGCUGGUGUCGAUUUGCCAGAAGGCAUUGAGGGGAAAGUUGAAAUAUCAGCUCCAGAAAUUGGCAAACCAACUGAUGGAGGCUUUAUGGCAAAGAUGGCUAAGCUUCCCAAGAAAGUGUUUCCUCAUGGCUCCAAGGGAGGUGUUUCUGUUGAAGGGGCACCUGAUAAUGUUGGCGAUAUUCAGGCAAAAAUGCCUGAAGUUCGCCUGAAGGUGGAUGCUAAAAGUCCCGAGAGACCUGACAUACAGGGUGAUGUUGUUCUGCCUGCUAAAGAUGUGGCUGUUGACUUGUCGGAGAGUGUUGAGGGAAAAGUUGAAAUAUCUGCUCCAGACAUUGGCAAGCAAUCUGACAGAGGAUUUAUGUCAAAGAUGGCGAAACUUCCCAAGAAAAUGUUCCCUCAUGGCUCAAAGGGAAGUGCAUCUGUUGAAGAGGUACCAGAAGUUGAUAGUGGUGUUCAGGUGAAAAUGCAUGAAACUCACGUAAAGGUGGAUACAAAGGGUCAUGAAAAGCCUGAAGUAGAUGUGGAUGUUUUAGUGCCUGAAGUUUCUGCAGCUGUACCAGAGGGUAUUGAAGGGAAAUUCGGAAUAACAACUCCAGAACUUGAGAAGCCAGCAGGCAGAGGAUUUAUGGCAAAAAUGUUUUCGCAUAGCCCUAAAGGAAAAGAUUCCAUUGAGUACACCUCGGGGUUGGUUGGGGAUGUUCAACUAAAGCUGCCAGAAGCUGAUUUAGAAGUAGAUGUAAAAGGUCCUGAAAUGAUUCAGGGGGAUGUGUUGAAAGAGAAAAAUGUCACUAUGGAUUUAGCUGAAGGUAUGGAAGGAAAAGUUGAAAUAGAUCUUGCAGAGGUAGAGAAGCCUUCAGAUAGUGGGUUCAUGUCAAAGAUGGCUGAACUCCCAAAAAAGAUGUUUCCUCACAGCUCCAAGGGAGAAGUAUCUCUUGAAGAGGCUCCAGAAGUUGUCAGUGAUGUUCCUGCCAAUAUGCCUGAAGCUCACCUAAACUUGCAAGUAAAAGAUCCUGAAAGGCCUGUAGCAGAAGCAAACAUUUUGUUGCCUGAGAGUGAAGUUAUGUUGAACUUGUCAGGUGGCAUUGAAGGUAAAGUUGAAGUGACACCACCAGAAGUUGGCAAGCCGUCAGAUGCAGGUUUCGUGUCAAAAAUCUCCAAGUUGCCUAAAAAGCUACGCUCUCAUGGUAAAAAGGCUGGGACCUCCUUUGAAGAGCCUAUGGUAACUGCUGAAGGUGCUCAUGUUGACAUCCCUCACACUGAAGCAACCAUGAAGAUAGAAGCCAAGCUUCCAUCAAAGCCUGAAGCAAGUGCAGACAUUGGAAUUCCUGCAGGGGAUAGUUUUGCCGACACUUCAGAAAGUGUUGCAGGAAAGUUAGAAAUUGAUUUUUCAGAAACUGGGAAAGCGCCUGAUAAAGGUUUCAUGUCAAAAAUGGCCAAGCUUCCCAAGAAGAUGUUUCACCAUGGUCCCAAAGGUAGCAGUUCAACUGAUGAGCAUUCAACACCAGCUGAGGCUACUGACAUCAAGAUGCCCGACUUGGGAGUGCAGCUACAGACCCAUGCCAAGACCAUCAAAAGGCCUGAAGCAGAUGUCAGUGUUUCAGUUUAUGAAAAAGACGUUACUGUGCAGCUGCCAGAAGGGAGCAAAGGAAUGGUUGAAAUAAGCACCUCAGAACUAGUGGGAGAGCAUGUUCCUGAUGGGGCAACUCAAGGUGCUGACGUUAUGCUGCCAGGAAUGGAGCUGCCCACCAUGGAACGACGGGAAACUAAAGAAACCCCGGGUGGUGUCGUUGAAGUCAUUGAAGUAACCACUCAUGAAGUUUCGAAGCCAUCAAGCCCUGGUCUCCUGUCAAAAGUGUCAAAAAUUCCCAAGAAAAUAUUUCCACGUGGCUCAAAGUCAAAGAGUUCAGAUGAAGAGUCCCCAUCAACACCAAAGCGAGAGUUGAAGGAAACACCAGGUGGCAUUGUUGAAGUCAUCGAAGUUACAAAACAUGAUGUAGCCAAACCCUCUGAAAGCAAACACAUUGAGCAAGAUGGAACAAAAAUAUCAUUAAAGCCAGCAUCAUUUGAAACUGCCGCUGGUAGUAAAGAAGGAUUUCCACCAACGCAUAUGACAAGAGAGAUAAAAGAAGUACCUGGUGGUGUUGUUGAAGUCGUCAAAGUUACCAAGCAUGUUGUCGGUAAACUUCCUGAAGACAAGCAUUCCGCUGAAUCGAGGUCAAGAAUGGUGGAUCCAUCACUUCCAUGGGAAGCAGAGCUGGCCAAGGAUCCAUCAGCUGUAGUAAAGCGACAAGUGAAAGAGACCCCAGAAGGACAUGUUGAAGUGGUACAGGUCAUCAGAAGGGAAGCUGGUGAUGUACCUUUUGCCUCUGACAUUGCUGGGGAUGGAUCAGAUGGAACUAUUUCUCGGAGGAUUGAAACGACUGUUGUUGAUGGUAAACCAACCAUCAUCAGGCGACUAGUGACAACAACAUCUGAUGGUGUUCAGCAAGUCACUGAGCACAUUGAGCAAAGGGCUGAGGAACUUGGAAAUACAGCAAGCAGCUUAUUUGCGAAAAUGGGUGAAUUCGCAAAGGGCUUGUCCAGUGACGAUCCAUCAGCUGUGACAACACGCGAAGUGAAAAAGCUUCCAGAUGGUUCGGUUGAAGUUGUGUCAAUUACAAAGCGCUCUAGUUCUUCACCAGGGAAAGAAACUGCUGCCACAGAGCACCUGCCGUCAAGCACUUCAGGCUCCAUGCACUUUGCAGAAAGUGCAGCUGGAAAGCCAAUGGAGGCAAAGACAGCCAUUGUUCGAAGAGAGAUUUCUGGACCAGAAACAAUUGUAUGUACCACUACAUCUGUUGUGACAUCAGCCACAGCAUCAGGCUCAUCAAAGCCAGAACUCUCGGCGGAUGUUCUUGACAAGAUGUUUGGUGACAUAGGAAAGCCCAAAAUGGAUGACCGGCUCAAGGAUGUUCUUACUGCAGAAGGAGGCAUCGGAGCCAAAAGAGAAGUUACACCCGAAGAAGCGGAGCUCUUGGCACAACUUUUCCCUGAGCAGACUUCAGGGGUUGCUGUAUACCCUCCUGCGGGCUUAGUUCCCGAGGCUGCGAUCAUUCCAGAAUACCGAUGUAUGAUGACCACUGAAGGUCCACCUUUAUCGCCUCAUGACCCUGAGUCCAAGGAAAAAGUGUUGCUGAAGCUGGGGCGAGCACUCAGCCAGGAUGACCUGGAUGCACCAUCUCCAACCCGAGGGGAAGCAGCCUUGACAGUCGCAGGACUGGGUGAAGCAGUGGACGCAUCUGAUCAAGUUGAAGAGCCGGUGGUCGAGAAACUUGAAUUGGCGCGCCGUGAAAGCAAGCGCUACAGCCAAGAGUUUGAACAAGAUGAACCGUUACCAAAGGCAAUGGGAUUCAAGACCAAGCCUUCAGAAGAAACAGUUGUGAGCUCCACACAGGUGAAGGGCAUUCAUGACAAUGGCACUGUUAAGCACACAGUCACUACAGUCACAAAGACCACUAUCAUUCAAGAGGUAGAAGAGCCUGCUGGAGCCCCUCGGCCCGGAGAGUCUGAGACGUGGGCAUCAGACCUGGACACCAGCCAAGUGUCAGUUUCUAGCCUUCCAGAGGAUGAACGGACAGAACCCACAUUAUCAAGUAGUGCCACCACUGCCACAGCUGAUGCGGAAGCCCUGUCAGGACCCCUUGCUCGCACCCAGGUGGAAGAGAAAGAAUGGACUGAAACCGACCCAGAUUCAGGAGAAGUGCGCCACAUUAUUAGCAAGACAACUCACACUACUGUGACAUCGAUGAAACCGGGCGAAGGUGCACCUAGGGGCGACACCAUGUCCACCAGCAUAAGUCAUUCAUCUAAAGGCAGCCAUGGUGGCUCAGCAGCCAGUGCACCAUCAAGGCACGAUGAAGCAGAGUCUCUCACAUUCUUCCAGAAGAAAGAGUUUUUUGAGAAGCUAUCUGAACAGUCACCACUGCAGGAAACUCUUGGUACAAGAUUGGGGAGCACACCAUCUUUGGAUACAGCACUGACACGACCAGUCGUGACGGUCAAGCCACGACCACGCUCAGAGAGCCUUACUUCACAGGGGGAAAUUGUUGAAGAAAACAUAGUGUUUGCUGAACGGUUAAGACUAUUUCAAAAUGGAGCUCAAGUAAGUUCAUUGCCAGUUGCCAGCCUGCCUCAUCUUGACCUAAUGGAUAAAAGACGUCAAAGCAGAGAGCAAAAGUUUCAAGAUAUGCCAGAAAUGGCUGAAUCAUUGCAGCAGAUAGAAGGCCAACAGGAUACUGAUGGAAAGAGUGACACACGGUUACUUGUGCACACAAGUGAUGCUGAUAAGGAAGCUUUUGAUGUGCGUUCUGUGCAGUCAUCCGCAGACAUAGAUCAGCAGUUCUCUCGAAUGAGAGUGCGAAUGCCAGCCCCUGAAGAAUGUGUUAGUGAAACGCUCAUAUCUAGCUGUGAGCUACCUGGAGAGAAACCAUCGCCUCUGCGUGAUGCUUACAAAGAUUCCUUGUUAGCACCUCAACAAGAAGGUAGCCAAACCGAGCGCCGCGACGCAGCAGUGGCCGAGCCAUCCCAUGCGCCAUCGGCGGCUGCCGACCCGGCGGCAUCGGCAGGGCGCAGCGUGGGGGGUCGGGAGCGCUCACCGCUUCUCGAGGCUUCUCCACCUGAAGAGACUGCCUACUGCCCCACGCAAGACAUAUCUCCUGCGCAGGAGUAUCCGGAGUACUUGACACCAGACAUGCAAGUGCGCGUUGGUGUGUCGCCGACUGAGGUGCAGCCAGCCAAAGAGAAGUCAGUUCGGUACUCCGAGUCGUCGGUAGAGUCGUCAUCAGAAGUAGGGUCGCCGUGUCCGCCAAGCCAAGGAGGAACUGCCAUGGCUUUUGAGAAUGUUGCUUUUGCCGGUGAAGACGUUAUCGAUGCCACGUCGUCCCCGGUGGAAGAAUCGUCGAGCCCGACGGGCAGCCGGAGUCCGUAUGAAGUUGUUCGUGAAGCGUCAACGGAGGAAACUGCGAAAGCUGCGCUUCUAAAAGCGGAGCAGAGCUUGCACCAUGUGGGACAGGAAGUCUGCCCUCGUCCGCAGUCACUGAUGGCUGAAGAACGCAACGAACAAAUGGAGCUGCAGAUUAAGCCCACUAUCUUCAAUGAAGCAUUUGAUCAUUCACCCAAAGAAACUGCCCCAGAGAAAAAAGAAUUGUCAGAGGGGCUUCUCGGUGUUGGUCUUCUCACAGUAUCGGACAUGACCGCCCGAACACCCGAAUCACGUCGUGGGGACAGUGACGAAGAUGAAGAAGAAUGGGCUGACCACGUGAUGUCGAAGAUUCGGGGCCGACCAAUACCACCCACUCCUCCGGCCUCUCCACGAGCUGUGCAGAGUGUUGAAGUGCACGAUGAACUGGUCACUUGGGAAGCACCUGUUGCAGAACAGGAGGAAGUUCAUGCAGAUUUAGCCUCUGACAUAACAGCUAAAAAAGAAAGUGUAGUUAAGCACGAUGAAAAUGCAGCCACGGACGAUGAAGAGACAACUCAGCCGCAACUACCAGAACUACGUACAGGUGGCAAGCGACCUCAAUUGGAGCAUAUUCCUUCUGAGAUAUCAGACGAGGAUCUUGUGGAAAGAGAACAGUCCCCAACGCACAUCACUGCAACGUGUCGAGGAGACAGAAAAGACUCCUCCUCUGACCGCAAUUCAUCUCCAGACAGUGAUGGUCCUAGGGCAUCUGGAUCACAUUAUCGCUCAGCCUCUGGAGUUGGUGUCGUUGCUCUUGAAUGCGGUGACUCUCAAAAAGACGGUGGCAGUGACAAGCACUCGCACGAGAGUGGAGACAAAGGCACUCAGGAAUUAGAUGACAAGGUCGCCGAGGAACCUGAAGAGACCAUCUUUGUGAUAGAAGAGGAAGCUCUCGCGGAGUCUAGCAAAAGUGGGCUUUCAUAUGACGAUGAAAAUGAAAUGGCUAUGUGCGCUGCUGGAACACUUUCUCCAGAGUUGGACUCGCCACCGAAGAAGAAAGACGGAGACGAAGGAUCAAGCAGUGGAAAAUUAGACGCCACCUCUCCUGUCGUGCUAAGAUCCAAAUCCAAGAGAACAGAGAAGAAAAGUGAAAAAAGGUCAUCUAGAGACAUGGACACUGGUCAUUCUGGGUCUGAAACCGACCACAGCCACUAUUAUUCAUUUGAAAUGACGUCGGAUUCUGGUAAAACACCUGGUGCUAGUCGACCAACGUCAUCCGAAUUUGAUGUGAACAUACUAAGUGGGCAAGCCUCCUCAGAGUACGAGACGUGUGCCACAUCCCAAGAUGGCGAAGUGUCUGGAUCUUACGCUACCGCAGCAGCAUCAUCUCACGAUACAUCUUUCGCAACGGCGCGUUCGUCUUUGAGUGGGAGUUCGCGUGGCUCUGCCUAUUCCGUAGACUCUGAGAGCUCUGGACACCUAGGAAGCAUGGAGGUUUCCGAAGCUAGCGAAACUAUUGUUGCCUCUGCGCAUGAAGAACUCGAUUCUGACAACGAGUCGGAACGAUCAAAAUCUGUUCUACGGGAGCCAUAUGACGCCGAAAUACCUGAAUCAGUAAUUCGUGGUGGAGUGGAACAUCCGUUCUUGCCGAGCUGGCAGCCAGUGGCUAAAGAAGUAGCUCCAACGCUGCACGGGCCUACUGGCGCUCGACCAUCGUCAUCUGAAGGUGUCUUCAGUCCAUUUCAAAGUGUGGUAUCAGCAGAGCUAGGACGUAGCUGCACUGGAUGGCCGUCUGCCAGCUCGUCCACCGCUCAAGGCGACUCCGGUAGAAGUACCUGGAAGACAGAAAUUUUAAAUGGAGCGGGUUCACCGGCACUGUUUGACGGACAGCGUCGGCUUCGUCCUAACGAUGACUACAUGGCGAGCAGUCACGAAGAAGACCAACUCUCGGUGUCGGAAAGUUCGGCCACGCAAAGCGAGCACACAUGGCAGACUAGCAUAGAGACCAUAGUAGAUGCGGUGGAGGCGCAGCGCCUUUCUUGCGAGACGGAACAGCAUCACCGACAGUCAAGAAUUCAGAACUCCGUUUCAUUGCCCUUUGAUGAGGCUGUGGCGGCUGAAGACGCAGAGGCUGACCACAACGCUGGUGAUGAUCAAGCCACUCCCCCGUUUCAGGAAGUAAACGGCCCUGUGGAAGUGGAAUACGUGCCGGAGUAUGACGACCUCACUGCUCAAACUUUGAGACCUGUUCUAGAGCAGAGUGCGCCUGAACGCCAAGCAGAGGCUCAGGGCGCUGUCGCCAUAUUCGAAACAUCACAUGGCGAAGUGUCUUCUAGCCGUGAGCUUGAUGAACAGGAAGAUAGCACGGAACUAAGAGAGGAAGGCUUCUACGCGGAAACGUUCCAGGGUGAUUUGUCGUCUGAAGAAGUAGAAAGCGCGGUAGAUGAAGCAUUGCUACAGGGUAGAUCUUCCAGCUCUUACAAUGAAUACUGUGAUAAAAUGACCGAAUACCUUGGCUGCAGUGUGCGUUAUGAAGUCAAAAACAUUGCUGUAAAAGAACCUUUUGAACGUCCAGCCACACCAGAACCUGUAGACGAAAUAGAUGGCGAAGAUGACAAAGGUAACUCAUCACAAAAGCGCUUAGAUGAUGUCAGUGGUGACACGUUUCAACAUGUUCACACCGAGGAGUCAAUGAGUUACGAUAAAACAGCAAUUAAACAGGAAUGCCCUGAAGAUGAUCGGUGCACCUUCUUGCCCGGCUCAGGAAGUCACUCAUUCCAAGACCAGCCCCAUUCCGAAAGUGUGUCGUCUAGUUCUGGGAGGGCUACAGCCGAUGACGUCAAGCUGUACGCCACCAAAUGUGAAGAUUAUAUUCUUCAAAUGCAUCAGAGUUGUCAGUACGACGUCGGUCUUUCGAAUACAUCGGAUGAAAGCUCUUAUCUUCCAGAGGAAGGAAUGGACGUGGAAAAUGUCAAGCUGUUAGCAAGUCGACUUCAGGAAGGAAAUGGAGGCCAACAAGACUUUCCGUAUGAUUUAUCCUACGAGCAUGAGUAUGUCGGAGACGUCAGAGCAGAAUAUGGUGAUCUAUAUACACAUCAAGAAGUAGAGGAGGAAACAUACGAUGAUGAGCGUGCUCGUACGCGUGGUAAAAGGCGACUUAGCCCUAUAUCAGAUGAACGUGGUUCCACGCCAGAUUACGAUACCCUUGGUGGACGUAGGACGUUUGGGAAAGGUAGCGAAAAAGACGAUGCCUCCACCUCCUCUUUAAUGGAAUUCGAGAGACUUGAAGCUGAGAUGGCAUCAGGCACAAAAUCAUCGAGCGUUGGGUCUAGCGAUUCGUUCAGUGGUCGUCAGCAUCAAAUCCGUAAUGGUGCAGGCAGCGAGCAAGAUAGUGUAUCUGUAAACUCGCUUACGGAAUUUGAACGACUGGAAAAGGAAAUAGUUGAAGCUGAAGGUGUCGACACUCGGCUACGCGGAGAAGCUGUUCCAAAACUUGAUGAAAUCGACGAGGGUCAUGAAAGCCAAGCCUCUGACCCAGGGCAUGAAACUACUGUGUGUGUUGAGAAUGGCAUCAUUUUAUUGCGAGAAAUGGCUACAGACAGUAGUGUUAAUGAAGAACAAUAUGACGGAAAGGCUGACGAUGCGCAAUCAGAUGAAAUUCAAAUGGCACACGAGCAAGAAUUAGCUUGGUCCAGGACAGAGAGACACUUUUUGUCUACACGCACUGAAAGCGGUCACUCAGUGGACAGCGUUGAUAGACAAAGCUCUGCGUCCACUGCAACACAAUUUGACGCCGACUCUCUACGGGACAGGGAAAUUGAUGAUUCUGAAUCUAAUUUUGGUCCGGACACUCCUGGUUGCACGCAAAAAGAGUCCGCGGACUUGGACUCAUUGCAGGAUUCAUUUCACGACUCUGAACGCUAUGAUUCGCUGCAAGAGGUUUUAAGUAAAGAUAAGGACUCGUUGCAACUAAAAGAACCAUCUGCUGAGGCUGACUCCCUGCAGGAUGACUGUAAUGAACUGCAGGAUUCCUUAUAUGAAGCCCGGGACAUUGAAUGGGACUCGGUUCGAACCGAAGAUGAUACUUCCCGUAAUUGGCACCAAUUCUCUAGCCAGAUUCGCACGACAGAGCUAUCUCCAACAUUGUCCCGGCCUGCAUCUUCGCCUUUUGUUGUUCCCGUGGUCGUAGAACGUAUUGACACGCUCACAUGGGUCGACCAAGAAUCUACAAAAGCUUUUAUUUCGGAUGCAGAGUCGCUGGCUCAACCACUAGAACGUCCGCAAAAUGACACGCUUGUCUCAAGCACAGACUCCUUGGAGCCCAGUAGCUCUGCUAAUACUCACGCGACAUACCAAUGUGACACUGAUUCAAUGAUGUCUAGCCUCAAUUCUGCAGAAGAAUCAACCAUGGUUUCCAGCACGGACACAUUAGACCGUGAAGCAUUACAUUUUGCCGCUUCGGGCAAGUCAUUGUCUCUUGAGGGUGGUCUGCCAACGGAAGGAAACUUCACAGAGGAACACUUGGAUUAUGCCACUACAGAUCCUCGUCAAAAUAAGCGAAUGCCGGCUGUAGGAGACGGAUCAACUGACGACAUCGAAGAGCGCUUUCGGGAGUGCUUGCUACGUUCUGCUGCUUCACCGACGGAUGAAGAGCAAGUCGAGGAGCGCCAAACGAUUGAUGAAAAAGGGAACUUAAUCGUCACACGAACUGUGAAACGGCACGUGACAUCAGAGCCGCGGCUGCACACGCAGACGUUCGCAGGUCCAGACGCUGAACAGCGAAGCCGUGAGUUUGUCGCUUCGUUCUCUUCCAUAGAACCAUCGUCGGAAAAGGACGAAUGUGAAGGUUUCGAUGCGGCCGGUAACGUGGUCCACGUGACGCAGCACGUGCUGGUGCGGCCCAUAGUGAAGACCGUCACGUUUACGGGCCCCGACGCGCGGCUGCAAAUGCGGGAGUACAUGCGUAACUUGGCUGGCUGCCAGCAGUCGUCGGCAGAGAACACUCCGACGUCUGACUCCGGCGUUGGCGUCUGCUCAUCGCGGGCCAGCCCUCAGCCCUUAGUGCCCGACCCCCCCGCAACAGCGCCCUCGUCUGCUUGUCCUGGGCUUCAACGCUUGUCAGGCGGAGACCAUUGGAUGGAAGCAGAGUCAGCUUUGGAUGACUCUUCGCGACCAGUCACUGCUACUCGCGUCAUCACGACGCGCACCACGCGCACCGUGGGUCCCGACGGCCGAGAGCAGCUGGUGACAACCACUACCGAGGAGGAGGAGGGGGCUGGUGGCGACGAUCCAGAGCUGCGCAUGCGCCGCAGCAUGCAAGGGGUCCUGGAUAGCUUCAUGGCGGACCCGUCUGCACCUGCGCCGCAUUCGGACGAGGAAGAGUGAAGUCCCCGCCGGCGUGCCGCACAUCUUCGCUCUCUGUAACCCCGUAGCACACAUCGUACAUAAAGUCUUGUUUUGCACACGGGCCGCCGCUUCGCAGAAUCGCGUUCUCCAGUAUAUCUCGUGGCCGACUCUCCUGUCGCAUUCGGUCUAAUGUGCUUUCUUCGGAUGUGGGAAGAACGGACCGCUUGCGCCGAUAUAUUCGCUUGUAGGCCGGUUCUGCCUCCGGUGACAAUACUGUGGGACAGCGUCACGUGUACCUCUUCACAUCGCUUGUCGCGCCGUGGCUCGACGACGUCUCACUAUUGGCGUUUGACUCAUCGAUAUGAACUCAAUUAUUGAUCUAAUGUUUGCAAGUCUUUGAUGUCGGUAUUCAUGGACAUGGUUGGCGCUGCCUCUUGGAGCCUCGCAGCGUCUUACGUUUGCUCGUUUGCAUCGCAUUAGAAAUGCGAAGCGCCGUCUCGAAGCAGUGCAGUAUGUUAGACGUCACCCUACUACGUGCACCUCAUCGUUCUUUUCUCGCCGGGGUGGGCCGAUCAUGUUCUGUCGUCGUGGUGGCUUAGGUUUUCAGCACUGACCUGCGCUUAGGUCUAACGCGCUCGACCCUUUGUGCUUUUUUUUUUGUUCCUGGUGCGUCGUGUACGUAAAAGUUAGGGCGAAUGGUCACCGUGUGCGCCGUGAGUUUCCCGCUUCUGGCGCUCAUUAUGUGCAGCACGGUGAGCUCUGGUGCACGUGGCGACGCUAGCGCAGCGCUUUUAAGGCACAGAAGUGCAGUCUGGCGGCUUUUCAUGGCGUUGUGGAGCGCCGCGUGCAGUUCACGCUUGAGCGAUAGGGAAUACCACACUGUUUAUGUAAUCUCACGUGCAUGUUCUUGGCUUUCAAUAAAACGCAUUUUGGCUUA